GGGCGAUGGGAAGAUGGCGGCCGGAAGCGCCGGUAGCACCGGCGGGGGCUUGGGCGAGGCCUACCGGCACCACGUGCAGCUGGCGGUCUGCGAGUCGCGCGCCAAGUACCGGGAGGGGCGGCGGCCGCGCGCCGUGAAGGUUUAUACUAUCAACUUGGAAUCUCGUUAUUUACUAAUACAAGGAGUUCCUGCAUUAGGCGUUAUGAAGGAGCUAGUCGAACAAUUUGCAUUAUAUGGUGCCAUUGAAGAGUAUCAUGCCCUAGAUGAAUAUCCAGCAGAGCAAUUUACUGAAGUUUAUCUUAUAAAAUUCCAAAAACUGCAGUGCGCAAGGGUGGCCAAGAAAAAAAUGGAUGAACGAAGUUUCUUUGGUAGUUUGCUACAUGUGUGCUAUGCUCCAGAAUUUGAAACAGUCCAAGAAACUAGGGAGAAACUGCAGGACAGAAGAAAGUAUGUAGCAAAAGCAACAAAUCAAAGAGAUUGCUUUGUGUUCAAGAAAGUAGAGGCGUCUAAGAAGACCAUCUCAAAGAACUCUGACUGUCCAUGGACUACUCCAGGGUCAUGUACAACUGGUAACUGGGAUCCAUCCUGCCUUACAAGUUCUCACGGUGUAUCCCAAAAUACAGGAUAUCCACCUGGGAAUCAGAACCAGAGCCUGUGGACAUUUUCCCAGCAUGACAACAAUUGUGCUGAAACUUCCGGGUACUUUGGUCAAAGCACAUCCCUACCUCUACAUGUACAGCCGGGAGGAUGUACCCCACCGGCUUCCUUAACACAGCAAAGAACAGUUCCAAUUGAUAAUGGAGUUGAUAGGUUUAUGCCUCGUACAACUCAUCUGCAAGAACGUAAGAGGAAGAGAGAAGAAGGUAACAAGUGUUCCCUCAUUGGACCAAGUACAGACAAUACUGAAGUUAUUAUUGGUCCACAGCUGCCAGAAAUACCUAAAGUGGAUAUGGAUGAUGAUUCCUUGAAUACUUCAGCUACAUUAAUUCGAAGUAAACUGAAGGAGGUAGCAGAUUCUGUUUCAAGAACAUCUGUGGAAAAGCCAGAGAGCGGCUCAGCCAAACCAGUUGUAAAGCAGAGAAGAAGAAUAUAAAUACUGCUGGCAGCAUCUUCCAACAGUCCUUUUUUAAAGGAUGUAGUUUAAAAUACUUAUUUUCUUAUGUCAAACAUAAAACUAUUUUAUACCGUAUUUCCAAGCAAUUGCCUGUUAAAAAUUGUAUCAAUUUGUUUCUUGGAAUGAAGA